UACAACUGCAGGCAGCUGCUAGGGACCGAGUCUAACUAUAUUAAUUUCUUUUUUUUUACUUCGUGUCGAAAAAAAGAGAUUUAAUCAGUGGAAUAACCAAACUUGGUCGAGUCGAGUUGGUCAAGUCUUUAAACCGGACUCUUGUGGCAAUGUCCGUGCCUAACAAUAACGUUGCAGCAUCCGCAGGAAAGGCCUCAAAUGUUCAGAAGACACCUGGCGCGAAGCCAACCAAAGCUGCAAGUAAGAAAAAGGAUGAGGAGGAGGGUGUGGACGCCGGUGAAGGACUGGAUGAGAGGGCUCACGGGAAAGCACUUAUUAAACCUGCAGAUCAACUGGAGCUCACUGAAGCAGAGCUAAAAGAGGAAAUCACAAGGAUCCUGACUGCAAACAACCCACAUGCACCCCAAAAUAUUGUCCGCUACAGCUUCAAGGAACGUUCCUACAAGCCUACCCUUGUUGUGGAUCAGAUGGCUGUUCACUUUGUGCUGGAGGGCAGUCUAGUGCAUCAAGACUCUGAUGAGGGUCGAAGACUGAGGGCCAAGGAGGGUGUCCCUGAAGAGACUACAACAGUUGACACAGGGGUAGGAUCUGAUGAGGAGGAACCAGAAACUCUGUCUUCACCUGUAGAGGACAGACCAGAUAGCGUUGCCUCCAAAACCGACAAGAAGGAGCAGAAACUUACUAACCAAAUCAACUUCAGUGAGAGGGCCUCCCAGACCCUCAAUAAUCCAAUGAGGGAAAGAAGCUGCCAGACUGAACCUCCUCCACGCAGCAACUUUUCUGCCACUGCUAAUCAAUGGGAGAUCUAUGACGCAUAUGUGGAGGAGCUGCAGAAACAAGAAAAAGAUAAAGAGAAGCAGAAAGCCCUACCAUCAAAGAAAGAUAAUGACAAAAGCAGGAUUAUGCUGACAGAGACUCAGAGCAAUGACUUCACCAAAGUGGCAAAAGCAACCCAGAUCUUAGAACGAAUGGUCAAUCAGAAUACAUUUGAUAGCAUAGCACAAGAUUUCAAAUACUUUGAGGAUGCUUCUGAUGAGUUCAGGGACCAGGAGGGCACCCUUCUGCCUUUGUGGAAGUUCCAAUAUGACAAAGCCAAAGGACUGUCUGUCACUGCCCUCUGCUGGAAUAAAAAAUACCUGGAUCUGUUUGCUGUGGGAAUGGGAUCGUAUGACUUCAGUAAACAGGGGCAUGGCAUGCUUGUCUUCUACACAUUGAAGAACCCCUCGUUUCCAGAGUACAUCUACCCCACCAAUUCUGGUGUGCUGUGCCUCGACAUCCAUGACCAGCGUUCCUACCUGGUGGCGGUGGGCUUCUAUGAUGGAUGUGUGGCUGUCUACAACUUGAAACAGAAGGGACUGGAUCCUGUGUACAAGAGUACAGCUAAGAGUGGCAAGCACACUGACCCUGUCUGGCAGAUACGCUGGCAGAAUGAUGACAUGGACAACAAUCACAAUUUCUACUCUGUGUCAUCUGAUGGUCGAGUUGUGUCUUGGACACUUGUUAAGAAUGAGCUGGUCUUUACUGACAUUAUCAGACUGUCACUGAAUGGUGUUGUAUCUGAAGGGGCAGAUGGUUCACAGCAGCCCAGCAUUGCUUGCGGUACAGCGUUUGACUUCCACAAACAGAUCGACUAUCUCUUCCUAGUUGGCACAGAGGAGGGGAAAAUACACAAGUGCUCCAAGACUUACUCAAGCCAGUUCCUUGAGACCUAUGAUGCCCACAGCAUGGCAGUGGAUGCUGUGAAAUGGAACCAUUAUCACCCAAAGGUUUUCAUCUCCUGCAGUUCAGACUGGACUGUCAAGAUCUGGGACCAUACUAUCAACACUCCAAUGUUCACCUUUGACCUGAAGGCAGCUGUUGGAGAUGUCUCCUGGGCGCCAUACUCUUCCACUGUAUUUGGUGCUGUCACAACAGAUGGAAUAGUUCAUGUUUUUGACCUCAACAUCAACAAAUAUCAGGCCAUCUGCCAGCAGUCAGUGGUGGCCAAAAAGAAGACCAAGCUGACUCACUUCGAGUUUAAUCCCAUCCAUCCUAUCGUCGUAGUGGGUGAUGACCGAGGUUACGUCACCAGCUUAAAACUCUCCCCUAACCUUCGCAAGAAACCAAAGGCUAAGAAGGGUCAGGAGUUGCCUAAGGAUCCAGAAGUUCAAGUAGCCAAGAUGGAGAAGCUCCUCAGUCUGUUGAGGGAUUCAGAGCAAAGCACAGUUUAACGUGGCCGCCGUGGAUUCUCUCCCCAACACAGAAACAGAAACAUGGAACAAUCUUUCACUCCAUUUCCUUUGCUGAGCGUGUGCAACAGUAAACAACAUUGACAUAACAAGGAGACAAUUUGUAUAUGUUUAUUAAAAAAUGUUUCCCUCUGAUCUUUCUUAAGCUGUUAAUAAAUUAUUCAUACUCAAUUAAUAAUUCAUUUAUUUAUACUGCAGUACUUUAUAUAUAUUAAACAGGCAACACUAGAAUUCCAUUGACAUGGCUGACCUCUUCUGCAGGGAUUUAUUAAACCGUAUCCUGUUGUACAAGUUGAUUAAGCUAAAAAAGUGAGGGGGAGAGUUACUGCAAGUGAAGGUGGAGAUAAAUUACUGUAAUAGAUUGAGCAUUUGUGGACCAUAUCCAGACAACUUGUCUUGGCUUGCACACGCCGUCCUGGGCACUUGUCCAGGGAUAAGUGAGGAGCCUUUUAAUAUCCCAUCUACGGGAAGAACUUUGCUUAGAGUCAUGGUGGUGUCUCUUUCUAUUUUGCCUCUUUUUCUCCAUUCCUCUCUGUCCUAAUGAUCUUGUCCUUCAGUAAAGUACCACCCAGUGCUCUGAUGCUCAACUGGAAUCAAACACUGUCACAAUGUCCCAAGCUCUCUUUGUGUCUGUCUCUUCUACAUGGAGCUUCUUUGACCUUCAAACAGCACUAUCUUUCCUUAAGAGUGAUUCAUCACUGGAUCUCCACAGGUUUAGUUAGAGAGGACCGCUGAAUAACCUCAUUUCACAGACAAUGCAUUACAAAUGAUUGUGGCCAGUGGAAGGUAUUGUAAGGUUUAAAACGCACAUCCUAAAAUCUUUCAACACCAUCACAUUCCUUGUUGAGUCUGAUGUUGCAGUGCCAGCGAUACAGGUUAAAUGCUUUAGUAUUGAUCAUUUGUUCUGGGACACGGGGCAACAUGGGCAGUGUCUGUUUGCAAUCUGUAGGAUCCAUAUGUACGUCUGUACAUUUGCGCCCUGUGAUUCAGUUCAGAGUAAGUUCGCCAUGAUGGACAGCCAUAAGCAGAUGUAAGUUUAAGGUCCGUAUUGAAGAGGACACAAAUCUCAACUAAGCCUCUCUAGUCCUUAUGUAACACCCUCAGCAAGGCGCUAUGCCUCACAGAUCGCUGGUAUUUAUGAGUGACAAUGACACACACACUUCACACAAGCUCCAGUCCCUGUUCUCAGCAAUAGAUUGGUUUACUCUUUUUUUUUUUUUUUCAGGAGAGAGUAUGAAAUAAGAGGAUAUAUUUAGAAACCUCCAACAACAGCCCAGCCGCUUUUUGUGUACUGAUCAUUCCCUUCUCUCAGUCUCUGUUUAACCUGCAUUCAUCCCUGUGGUCAUGUCCUUUUUCUCCAAGCUGUCUGUGUAUACAUUCACACUGGCAUUCCUCCAUGCACUUUGUCAAACCAAGGGCAAAAUCUGACAAGUGAUGGCUGCUUAAAAAUAGUUUCCUCUCUCAGUUUAUCCUUGCUAUCUUUGUGAGGCACAGUCAUUUCUGCCGUCAGUUUGGCAGCUGACUCUAAAAACUGUGAAGGACAAGCCCGAUUAUUGCUUGCAGUCAGUCUCGGUGCUCAGUCCCCUCUCCUGUGGAGGAGUGCACUGAGGCCAUCUCUCGUUGCUACAUUUGACUCAUCCUAC